AUACAGCCAUUGAGUCUAGCCCUGUGGGGCGUGCACCUCGGUUGCCCGGAUUCGGAUUGGUGAUACGAUGACCUAUAUAACGAUAUACAUGAAACUGGCGAAGAUGCACACGCCUUCGCACAUCUCCCAGGUUGUAGACUCGCCAUGGCUGGUAUCCCCCCGGAUACGGGCGCUUUAAUGUCAGCAGUGCUAGAAGGGAUUUUAUAUGGCUUUUCAGUCCUCAUGUUUAUGGGUACCAUAUGGGCCUUGACCUACAAGAGUCGCAUGCAGGACAUUAAUCGCCCAAUCGCUAUGGUGGCUAUCCUGCUGUUGUUAGUAAGCACCGUGCACAUGAUCGUGACCAUUAUUCGCGUCGAAAACGGAUUUGUGAAGUAUCGUGAUACUUGGCCAGGUGGGCCAGCGGCGUUCUUCGCAGACAUCACCGAAGAAACAUAUGUUAUCAAACACGCAUUAUACAUAUUCCAAACUGUAGUUGCUGAUGGGGUGAUGGUUUAUCGCUGCUAUGUUGUAUGGCAAUCCAUCCGCGUUAUCAUCUUACCAAGCAUGCUGUGGUGUGGCAUCGUAGUGACUGGCAUUCAUGCAGUCUACAGUGUUUCGCAAGCCAGUUCUAACCCCGGAGACGUCUUCGCUUCACAACUUACAAAGUGGAUCACGGCAUUCUUUGCUUCAACUAUCACAACUAAUUUGUUGUGUUCAGGAUUACUGGCGUAUCGCAUCUGGAUGACCGAACGCGCUGUCUCCCGAGUGCGUGCUACGAGUGGCACCAUGAUGCCAAUAGUGCGCAUACUUGUGGAUGCCGCUGUUUUAUACUCCAUAGUGCUUUUUAGCCUACUAAUUUGUUUCCUCUCCGGGAACAACGGAGAGGGAGUUUUGACGGACCUGGUUAUGCCCGUCAUAUCGAUUGCCUUCUACAUGGUGCUUAUUCGCAUCACAUUCAAUAGAAAAAAGCACAGUCACAUCUCGAAGGCCGUCUUUUCGACUCCUAGAGGGACUACAGGCUCUGGUGACACGGAACAGGGAAUCUUGCAGCAAUAUCCUAUGAAACCCUUGCAGGUGAAUGUGCCCAAAUUUACGCACGAAGACAGUCCGUUAGCGUACAGAGUGGACAAUGAAGACCAGCUAUCGCCAUGCAAGGUGGAGUCUCUUUGAAAGGACAUUCAUGCAGUGACACGGAGAUAAUGAUAGUUGCACUGCGGACAAUGGAUGACUGCCGAACGCGCACCGACUGGCUAGGUGGAGCUCAGGUGAAGGCUCAAGUGGAGUUCGCACAUGGGAUUCAUGCGAAUCACUUCGCGGAACGAAGAGUUCCAUCCUUACAUAUGGUAGAUAGGCCACCUCACCUCGCCAUACUUUCUUGCAACACUUGUUGAUAUUAUAUCAUAGGUGUUGAAGGAGAAUUCUCCGUGUGGUGCAGUUCGCCGCAGCUUACUCUCCAAUGUCGUGACAACGAAGAUUGCGCACACGUGGCAUAUUGCGAGUAUUCGUUUGGCAGCGCAGCGUUUCGUCAACUUGAAUCCAUCAGUCGGAAAGCUCAGCGCUAUUUUGAUUUACCUACACACUUGCAGCAUUUACAUUAACGUGGUCUACUCAAUGAGCUGAC